CUGACGACAUCUACAAUUAGUCACGUGACCUAAUCAGAGGCCAAAGCAGAAGCUGACGGCAGAAGGAACGUUUCCUGCUUUCUGAGCGUCUUUCUGGCGGCCUUUCCUCCCGAUUUUCCUCAGGAAAACACGAAAAGAUGGGGAAGAUCACUCUAGCUAACCCCAGCGGGCAGAAGGAUCCCAUCAAGGAUGUGAAAAUCCCGAUGAAACCAGCAGAAGGUGAUGAUGUGGAGACGGCGACCGUUGCGGUGACCCAGCCCAUGCCUCGCCGCAGGAACGGCUGUACCUCCUGCAUCAUGGCGCUCAUCUGCAUGCUGCUGGUGAUCGGGGGCAUCGCAGGGGGUCUCUUCCUGUACCGCCACUUUGGACGCCACAGGAAGUUUAUCGGGCGCUGCGGUGUGCGUUACAACAGCCACUACUACAACCGUGGGCAAGACCCGACCACCCCUCGUGCCCAGUGGGCCAUGCUGGAGGAGGAUGUGGAGGUGGACAUUGAUGGGGAGUAUGAGCGCAUCGAGGUCCCCGACUUCGACAAGUGCAACCAUGCCACCGUCCUGCAUGACUUCAGGAGGCAACUGACUGCAUUCAAGGACUGGGACCACAUGAGGUGUUUCGUGAUGGCGCUGAAUGAGUCGGCCGUGUCCCCCCCACGCAGCCUGUUCGACCUGCUGAUGCGCAUUAGCGAUGGAAGCUACAUGCCGCAGGCCUAUGUGAACCGUGAAGUGAUGCGCGUGGUGCAGCCGCCGAUCGCUGAUACGGCCCAGCUGGGACAGUACAUCCACGCCUUGUGCAGGGGUGUGGACACCUACAGGCUGGCCAGCAUCAGGAAGAAUGAUGACGACCUGCGUCCAGAGGGUCACUACUUGGCUAAACGUGACACAGAUGAGUGCGACAGCAUGCUGGGAUACUACGCCGGAGGAAACGUCAUCCCUGAGAUAUGUGUCAAGUUCUAAGAAGAAAGACUGACAUCAUCUGCAGGUCGUGCAGAAUGUUUUGAGAAGUUCAAAGUUCAAAGAAAGCCUUGCUGUAAUUGCUACAACACUUAGUGAUGUUAAGAAGAUGGACUCUGUAGGAUUUUUGGCAAUUUUUGCCUUUCUGCAUUCAGAAAAGAGAAAUAUAACAGAAAGCUUUCAAAUGUGGAGUGCAGAAAGAGUAAAUGAUGAAUAAAAUCCUGCAAAGUCUAUUCUUAUGGAUGUACAUGUAAAAUUGUAUGCAUAUUUCUUCAGUACCAGUAAACAGAAUAUUCCUGCAGUUGAUCACAUAGACAAAUCAAGUUCUAGACUGACAUUUAAAUUUUUUUUAUUCUUAUUUCACAAUAUAUGGUUAUAUGGCUGCUGGACUGUUUUGCUUUUUGAUGAUUUUAAAUUUUCUAUUUGUAUAACCAAGAUGUAAUGAAUGAGUCGUAAAAUUUCUUUGAUUUCAGUGUAUGAAUGAAACAUGGAAGCAUAAUUUUUUUAUCAGAGCAUGUUUGUAGAUUUAAUUACACAUGCAAUUUGUGUUUGACAUGCUCUUACUUUCUUUUGUUUGGAUCUUUGUGCAGGGGUGGUAUUACUGAACAUUUCUUUUACUUAUAAGAAUUUACUAUAAUGACAGCAUAUGUCAUUUAAGAAAAAUAUGACAUUCUAGAUUGCUUUUUAAGAUAACUGAAAAAAUCUGUAUAUGAAAAAUAAAAAGAGGAAUUCAUUUCCUGCAUAUUCACCUGAACGUAAGAGUCAUGUCAAGGUGUGUUGAUUAGACCUAGAUGCACAAUAGUAGCAUAUACUCCUUGCACCAUGUAUUCUCUACCACUGUUGUACACAUUCCGGAACGUGCCCCUGCGGCUUAACCGUAUAAUAACUCUGCAGUUACACUCACAUAUAAAAUAGCUCUAGGCCUGACGAACUUGGCCAAACCUUGUUGAUAUCUAGUACUCUGGUUCCAAUUCUGAGUAUCAAGAUGUUGUUGUGGCUUUAUAACUUACUGGGUAAUUUUGCUGUACAUGUAGUUGAAGGCAUUGUGUUGUCUGUGGAAAAUGCAUGUGUAAAUAAGAUAGCCUUGGAGUAGGAGCAUUGUCUCCUUUUUGUAGAUUGAAUCUGAAAGCUUGAUACAUCAUUGAAGCAUGUUUGGAUGUAUGUACACAAGGCAUCGCUAUGUUCAAAUCAUGUAUACAACUUCAAAGUAGGAGCAUUGAAUUUUUACUUGGAUGUGGAGUGUAUUCUGACAAAGCUAUACAAAGCCGAUGAAGAUGUAACAAAACUACUCGCCAGGGGUACAGUGUUUGUGUUUGGAACGUCUGUGCAUGUGUUAUGUAUUGGAAGUGAGUGUAGAACAAUGAGUACAGCUUAUUAGAUGUAUUCAGCGCACUUAGUACAAGGCUGCAAACGUUAUGCAACUUUUUGUUGUUUAAGAUUGAAUCUGAAAUUGUUGAACAAUUAUAAAAAAAGGACGACAUAAUGAACACAUGAGAUAUGUAUGAAGUUUAUACCAAUGAAGGCAGUUAGAAUGGAAUGAACAUGUUUCAGACACUGGUUGUAGCUGAAGAAAUGAUGAACAUUUUAUUAGAAAACUAAGAUUUGAUAUGCAUCAAUACAGAAGUAAUAAAUGGAAGGUCAAAAUUUUAAAGAAACAACCCCUUGAAUCACUACAUAAUCUCUGAACAAGCUACUAUAAAUGGCUUAAGGUAUGAUUUUAAAGCUUUUUACUGUGUAUAUAUUGGAUGACAAUGCAAUUGGAUCUUGUAGAAAUGCAUGCUUUCUGUGUUUUGUAUUGCACACUAUCUGAUGGCAAGAUUCCACAGGAUGGUGGUGAGAAUUGUUAUUGGAGGUACAAGCUGGACAUGUACAAGACCAGGAGGGUCCGUUAUGUAGAAGUGGAAGCCAUGUAGGACAUGACACUGAAUGUAAAAUAAACUUUUCUUUCCCAAA